GAGUGGAAGCUUCUUUUGGGCAUAUCCUCGAGAGGUUGUGUGGCACCACGUCUCAUCGUUCUUUCCGGCCAGCCCAGACACCUCGGCUGUUACGCACAAUUUUAGUCACGAAUGGCUUGAGCAGAGACCUUUGCAAAUGGCUGGAAUUCCAGUUCCGCGGGUGAUCAUCCUGGAACUGGUUCUGCUCGCAAUUUUACAAGCUGGUGCUUGUGCUGGAGCUGGUGAUGCUACCGGUGCGAAUUUGGGGGUCUCGGGGAGGUCUGCCUUUGGUUCCAUCACAAGGCGGGCAUUGCUGGAAUGCCGGGAUCCAAAUCCAUACCUCAACUUGAUGCUUGACACCGCAGGCCCUCUCGCCAGUGUCCAGACAGUGGUGGCGACCGUGAGUGGUGUUCUUCGGCCGAGCUCCAGAGAUUGGAUUGGAGUGUUCUCGGAAGCAACUCACAACUACUCUGACUGCCUUGCAAACAAAGCACUUUAUCUGCAGACAGGAGACUUUUCCAGCCUGCCUUUGCUUUGCGACUAUCCCCUCAAGUUCAAGUUCCUCAGCGAUGAUCCUGGCUACAUUAACUGCUCCAACAAGACGUGUGUCACUGAUUCAUGUAGCGUGAGGACUUGCUCUGGAUCACUUGCUUUCCGUCUUGUCAACAUAAGAACCGCCGUCACCUUUGUGUUCUUUGGCGGCGGGCUUGUAACUCCCUGCAUUCUCAAGAUCGCCCCACCGCUUUCGUUUGCGAGGCCUGGGGCCCCUUUAUACGGGCAUUUGUCUCUCAAGGACUCCUCCGGCACCUCUAUGGUGGUAACUUGGAUCAGCAACGAUAAUGCCACUCAGAACGUCGAGUAUGAUGGUCGGAGCUCCACAAGCGAAAUCACAACUUUCCAAAAAGAAGAUAUGUGUGGUUCGCCAGCUACAGAUUUUGGAUGGCACACUCCUGGAUAUAUGCAUCAUGCAACAAUGACAAGUCUUUCUCCUGGCAAGAGUUUUUCUUACAGAUAUGGAAGUGAGAAAGUUGGCUGGAGCAAACUCAAGAAUUUUACCACUCCUCCAGGCGAAGGAUCAAACAGUGCAAGCUUCAUCGUUUUUGGAGACAUGGGGAAGGCCGAACGAGACAACAGCUUAGAACACUACAUACAACCUGGAGCAUUGCAAGUGAUAGAUUCUCUUGCCAACCAGACUGUGGACACCAUAUUCCACAUAGGCGAUAUAAGUUAUGCCACUGGCUUUCUCGCGGAAUGGGAUCACUUCCUUGAGAUGAUUGAGCCUGUGGCUUCCAGGAUCCCUUACAUGACGGCCAUUGGAAACCACGAGAGGGAUCAUCCUGGCUCAGGAUCCAAAUACAACUCCACAGACUCGGGAGGCGAGUGUGGAGUUCCAUAUCGAUCUUACUUCCCGAUGCCUGCCCAAGGCAUCGACAAACCAUGGUACUCUAUAGAACUCGGUCCCGUGCAUCUCACAGUAAUCUCCACGGAGCACGACUGGACUCCAAACAGUGAACAGUAUUCUUGGAUGGAACACAAUCUUGCUUCUGUAAACAGAACUCACACACCAUGGCUGGUAUUUGUCGGGCAUCGCCCAAUGUACUCUACGCAAGGCGGGCUUCUCUCCAAAAUUUUACCCGCAAUCGAUCCUGAUUUUGUAGAAGCUGUAGAGCCUCUUCUAGUGAGUAGCAAGGUUGAUUUGGCAUUGUGGGGACAUGUUCACAACUACGAGCGCACCUGUGCUGUGAAUCAAAGCCGCUGCGUCCAGGUCCCAGCCAAAGACGAUACUGGGGUCGAUGUUUAUGUCAGUAAUGGAUCAGCUCCAAUUCAUGCCGUGGUUGGCAUGGCUGGAUUCAGCCUCGAUCUCUUCCCAGCGAACUGGAGUUCAUGGAGCAUGGUUCGAGUCUCCGAAUUUGGGUAUAGCCGGGUCUCAGCCGACAAAAACGAGCUCCUGUUCGAGUAUAUAAUAGCGAAGGAUGGAGCAAAAGCCGAUCAAUUCAAGAUAUUGAAGAACAUUAAUCCCUAAGCGACGGCGUACCACACCUAUCACACGUAGGGGACGACUUGUAAGCAGCGUCCGGGUACCAUGAGCGAUCCACUCUGGAACCGGCAGCAGUGAAAUUUCGAAAAACAAAAAUCUAAUAAUAUUGCUUCGCCCCGAUUCAAAGAAAGUC